AUGUCGAAAGCGUCUGGCCUCUGUGAUCCAAAAUUCUACGGUCUCAGGAAAAUCCUCGAGGGAAACGUGGAUUCCGGAACGGAACUCGGAGCAUCACUCUAUGUCAAUGUUGGAGGCAAACCUGUCGUCGACAUGCAUGCUGGUUUUAUGGAUGAGCUCAAAACACAGACAUGGACUGAGCACACUAAGACGGCUGUCUUCUCCUCCUCCAAAUGUAUCACCAACCUAGCCGCUCUAGUUUUGGUCAGUCGUGGGCUUCUCGAUCUUGAUGCAAAGGUAUCCAAAUACUGGCCCGAAUUUGCUGCCAACGGCAAAGAGGGUAUUGAGGUCCGUCAUUUGCUGAGCCAUUCCUCGGAUUUAUCUGGUUGGGAUGAACACAUGACAAUGGAGGGAAUUUACGACCUUGAAAGUUCGGCAAAGCUCCUAGCAGCGCAAGCUCCGUGGUGGGAACCUGGCUCAGUUUCCGGGUACCACGCCAUUACACAAGGGACGCUGAUUGGCAAGCUCGUAAAGGAAGUUACCGGAAAGUCGCUGAAAGACUUCAUCGAGGAUGAGCUUGCACAACCUCUCGGAGCUGAUUACUCUCUCGGUGUCAAAGAAAGUGACUGGCACAUUGUGGCACCAGUCGUCCCAUUACCCAAUCUGCCAUUUGCUUCCAACCCAGACCCUGACAGCGUAAUGGGCAAGACACUGAAAUCUCUCCCACUGAAAGCCGAAUACUUUAACGAACCACCGUUAAGGCUGGCCGCUGUUGGUGCCUCUAACGGCUAUGGAAAUGCACGGUCUGUUGGCAAAAUCAUGUCUGUUAUAUCGCUCGGUGGGCAGGUUGCCGGGAAGGCUCUCGACCGCGUCUUUCAGGUGGAGGUUGAUUCUAUUGACCUUCUUGAAAUGCGACGCUACAAGUGGGGCCCAGGCUUCGCCUUGCCAGUUGAGGACGACCCCAAAAUCCCUAUUCCCCAGGGUAACAUCUGCUUCUGGGGUGGCUGGGGUGGUUCUAUAGUGAUAAUGGAUGCCGAUCGUAAGACGACUAUCUGCUAUGUUAUGAACAAGAUGGGCGAGGAGGAUGGAUGCUUAGGUACGGACCGGACCUGGGCGUACGUUAAGGAGAUCUAUCGAGUAUUACUAGAAUUGGAUUCCUAA